GGCACCGCAUCAGCCUGCUCAACCCUUUAAAUUUACCAUUUCCGAAUCCUGUGAUCGGAUUAAGGAGGAGUUUCAGUUUUUGCAGGCUCAAUACCACAGUCUGAAGCUGGAAUGUGAGAAGCUCGCCAGCGAGAAGACUGAGAUGCAGCGGCAUUAUGUCAUGUAUUAUGAAAUGUCCUAUGGGUUGAAUAUAGAAAUGCACAAGCAGGCAGAAAUCGUCAAGAGGCUGAAUGCUAUCUGCGCACAAGUCAUUCCUUUCCUGUCCCAAGAGCACCAGCAACAAGUGGUGCAGGCUGUGGAACGGGCCAAGCAGGUGACCAUGGCAGAACUGAACGCCAUCAUUGGGCAGCAACAACUCCAGGCUCAGCAUUUGUCACAUGGACAUGGUCUGCCAGUGCCUCUAACGCCGCACCCUUCAGGGCUCCAGCCGCCUGCCAUCCCACCCAUCGGUAGCAGUGCUGGGCUUCUCGCCCUCUCCAGUGCCCUAGGAGGUCAGUCCCAUCUCCCAAUUAAAGAUGAGAAGAAGCACCACGACAAUGAUCACCAAAGAGACAGAGACUCCAUCAAGAGCUCUUCAGUAUCCCCAUCAGCCAGUUUCCGAGGUUCUGAGAAGCACAGAAACUCCACAGACUACUCCUCGGAGACCAAAAAGCAGAAAACUGAAGAAAAGGAAAUUGCAGCUCGUUAUGACAGCGACGGCGAGAAGAGUGACGACAACUUGGUGGUGGAUGUUUCUAAUGAGGAUCCUUCUUCCCCCCGAGCGAGCCCAGCACAUUCCCCUCGUGAGAACGGCCUGGACAAGACUCGCCUGCUCAAGAAAGAUGCCCCGAUCAGCCCUGCCUCCAUCGCAUCUUCCAGCAGUACUCCUUCCUCCAAAUCCAAAGAACUUAGCCUUAAUGAAAAAUCUACUACUCCUGUUUCAAAGUCCAAUACCCCUACUCCGCGAACUGAUGCGCCCACCCCAGGCAGUAACUCCACUCCGGGACUGAGGCCGGUAUCUGGGAAACCACCAGGAGUGGACCCCUUGGCGUCCAGCCUGAGGACCCCAAUGGCUGUCCCUUGUCCCUAUCCGACGCCGUUUGGGAUUGUGCCCCAUGCUGGGAUGAACGGGGAACUGACCAGCCCCGGAGCCGCCUACGCCGGCCUGCACAACAUCUCCCCGCAGAUGAGCGCAGCUGCCGCCGCCGCCGCUGCCGCUGCAGCCUACGGAAGAUCGCCAGUGGUGGGAUUCGAUCCACACCAUCACAUGCGAGUGCCAGCGAUACCUCCGAACCUGACAGGCAUCCCGGGAGGAAAACCAGCCUAUUCCUUCCACGUGAGUGCAGAUGGUCAGAUGCAGCCGGUCCCCUUCCCCCCGGAUGCCCUUAUUGGACCCGGAAUCCCCCGACACGCUCGCCAGAUCAACACGCUCAACCACGGGGAGGUGGUGUGCGCGGUGACCAUCAGCAACCCCACGCGACACGUGUACACGGGCGGCAAGGGCUGUGUCAAGGUGUGGGACAUCAGCCACCCAGGCAACAAGAGUCCUGUCUCUCAGCUGGACUGUCUGAACAGGGAUAACUACAUCCGCUCCUGUAGGUUGCUCCCUGAUGGUCGCACCCUCAUCGUGGGAGGGGAAGCCAGUACUUUGUCCAUUUGGGACCUGGCGGCUCCGACCCCGCGCAUCAAAGCAGAGCUGACGUCCUCGGCCCCCGCCUGCUACGCCCUGGCCAUCAGCCCCGACUCCAAGGUCUGCUUCUCAUGCUGCAGCGACGGCAACAUCGCCGUGUGGGACCUGCACAACCAGACGCUGGUGAGGCAGUUCCAGGGCCACACAGACGGAGCCAGCUGUAUUGACAUUUCUAAUGACGGCACCAAGCUCUGGACCGGCGGCUUGGACAACACCGUCAGGUCCUGGGACCUGCGCGAGGGGCGGCAGCUGCAGCAGCACGACUUCACCUCGCAGAUCUUUUCUCUGGGCUACUGUCCAACUGGAGAGUGGCUUGCAGUGGGGAUGGAGAACAGUAACGUGGAAGUGCUGCACGUCACCAAGCCGGACAAAUACCAGUUGCAUCUUCACGAGAGCUGUGUGCUGUCCCUCAAGUUUGCCCACUGUGGCAAAUGGUUUGUAAGCACUGGAAAGGACAACCUUCUGAAUGCCUGGAGGACACCUUAUGGGGCCAGCAUAUUCCAGUCCAAAGAAUCCUCAUCGGUGCUGAGCUGUGACAUCUCUGUGGAUGACAAGUACAUCGUCACCGGCUCAGGAGACAAGAAGGCCACAGUCUAUGAAGUUAUUUAUUAAGGACAAAUCUUCAUGAGAAUUGGACUCCUCCUUGUAGCACUUUGCGCUCUCAUCUUUUUGUUUAUCCGUUUGUUUGUUCACUCCCUUUCCCUGCAUCUAAAACUAAGGAUUUCAAAUGCUCAUUGCAGUUGUGGAGUUUAAUUCCCUUCCUUAACCCCACUUCCUCCUUGCUAUUGAAUUGUGAAUACUCUU